CACCGCCUACGUGUUGCGGACAGAUGAUAACCGAGCGCCCCCUUCCGCCUGAACCAUCCCAGACAGUUUGUUGACACGGCACUGUAGAAGAAACAUGGCGGCGCCCACAGCAGUAAAGCUAACAAAUGUAGUUUUCAGUCAAGACAGCGAGUCCUCUUCAGCGGGUUCAGGGACUCCUCAAGACUUUUUAGUGGAUUUCCUGGAAAAGGAGGUCGGCAGCGACGUGAAGUCCCUGAAGAAUGUUGGCGAGCUGCUGGAGAAACUGAGAGAGGAGAACAGAGAGCUGGAGGAACAGGUUCUGACUGUUUCCAGCUCUGUGCCUCCUAAAGUGUCUGCAGCUCUGUGUGCUGCUGAGGAGGCCACGUGUUCUGUGGAGGAGCUGCUGCAGAGAGAGCGCCUCAUCUCCAACAGGCUGCACCAGCAUCUACAGGGAGCCCAGCCAUGGAUGGAUAAUCUUGGCCAGACACUUAACCAAGUCGACACUAUAGAGAGACACGUCAAAUACCUACGAUGCCUUCAACAUAUAGAGGAACUCAGUGCUGCAGUCCAGCAGUGUCUGAUGACCAGCAGUGUGUGGGAGGCCAUAAGGGCAGUAGACAACAUGGCUGCGCUGGACGCUGGACUAAACCAGUCUGCAUGUUCUCACCUUCAGGACUUUCUCCGAGAAACACUUCACUUUUGGCACAAGAUCAUCAAAGACCGACUGGCAGGUGAUUUUGAGAAAGUAUUGACUCAGCUUCAUUGGCCGAUCAUCUCCCCUCCUACCCAGUCUCUGACACCUACUGCCAACGGUCAGGAGAUCAACAGCCAGCUGGAGCUGCUGGUCACACAGCUGCUCGCCCUGCAGACCUCUGAUGACCUCAUAUCUCAGAGGGCUCUGUCCUCGUCUCAAGGUGUCCCCUCUACCCAGCCCUCUGUAUCAGCCACACCUUCCUCCCAGACUGCACCACUCUGUCUGCCCAUCCAGAUUAUGCUGCUGCCACUCAGCAGGAGGUUCAGAUACCACUUCUACGGGAACCGACAGACCAACUCCCUCAGCAAGCCAGAGUGGUACCUCACGCAGGUCCUGAUGUGGAUGGGGAACAGCUCCACCUUCAUGGAGGAAAAGAUCCAACCUAUCCUGGACCGAGCUGGGGCCAACAUCAGUGCCAUGGUGGAGCUGUGUCGAGGCCUGCUGUCUCUAGUCCAGGAGAAGGUUGCCAGUGACGCCUCCAGGCUGCUGUACGACGAUGUGCUUUUCUGCCACUUGGUGGAGGAGGUGCUGCAGUUUGAGAAGGAGCUGAGAAGCAACCAGUCGUACCCAGCAGCGCUGCCUGGUCUGCUCCACCUCCUGCUGGAAGACGCAGUCCUUCAGAAGUGGCUCACUGUGGAAAAGAAGAUGGCAGUGGAGAAGAUGGAUGCCAUGCUGUCAGCUGAGGGAGCCUGGAGCUCCCAGUACAAAGACAUCAGCGAUAUGGACGAGCUGAAGGCUCCAGACUGUGCCGAGACUUUCAUGACUCUUUUGCAGGUCAUCACUGAGCGGUACCGAGGCUUACCCUGUCCUUCUGCACAACUCAAGUUUCUGGGGCUCCAGAGAGAACUGGUGGAUGACUUCCGCAUACGACUCACCCAGGUGAUGAAGGAGGAGUCUCGCUGCCCACUCGGGGCCCGUUAUUGUGCCAUCCUUAAUGCUGCUAACUACAUUUCCACCAUCCUGGGAGACUGGGGAGACAAUGUGUUCUUCCUGCAGCUGCAGCAGGCAGCAGUGUCACUGGGUGAAGAAGCGGUUCUGGGAGGCCUGGGGGUGAUGGAGGUGGGCCGCCUGGCCUCCCUGGAGGGCUCUCUGUUUGAGGGUCUGUUAGCUCUGCUGGACCGACUCAAAGGAGACAUGAUGGGAAGACUGCUGGAAUGGACCAUGAGAGAAAUCACAGAGAAAGCCAAACCAUACGGCCAGGACAGGUGGUUGUCCCUACCACCCCAGCAAGACCUGUCCACCAUGACCCUGUCCAGUUCAGCGUGUCCCAUGAUGCUGUGUGUGAGGGACAGACUGUUGCACCUUCACCAGGUCCUGAGUUUUUCUCUGUUCCAGCUGGCCUGGCAGGGUCUGGCAGAGAGACUCGACAAAAUCCUCUACCAGGACGUGAUCCUGUCCAAUCACUUCAGUGAAGGUGGAGCCGCUCAGCUACAGUUUGACAUGACCAGAAACCUUUUCCCUCUGUUCGGUCACUACUGCAAAAGACCUGAGAACUUCUUUAAGCAUGUGAAGGAAGCCUGUAUCAUCCUGUGUCUGAACGUGGGCUCUGCUCUCCUGCUGAGGAACCUCCUAAAAGAGUCUGAGGAUGAUGUGAGCGACUGGGUGGGUGCAGGGGACCCUCCACCAGAGUCUGCACUCAAUGAGUUGGGGGUUUUCUGCUUGGCCCCCUGUGACGUCCUGAUUCUCCUGAACCUCCGAGCCUCCUGGCCUGGACAAUAACAGUGCUGGGCAGCUUUCUGUCAUCAGCUUUCAUCUCCUUCAGACAGGACUGUUCACAUAGUGUUCAGUAAGUUGUCUUUGUAUGCACUUAUGACGCUGCACUGUGUUUUGGGGACCCACGUACCUGUCACAUCAGCUGAUUGAAGUAGAAAUAACAACAGUUAUAUGUUAAAAUGAAUAAUAAACCCUGUUUUCCUCCAGUGGUCAGCGUUGUGCUCGUGACAAUUCUCUCGGACCAAUCAGUGGUCUGCAGUGUUUUAACUCUGGCUCCGAUAAUCAUCUGUAGCUAAGAGCGGUUACUUGUCUUGGAACCACCUCACUUUCUGUUCAUGGAAACCCUUAAGAGGGCGAGUGGAGUCGGACGAAUGCUCAAUUGGAAGACUUUAGCUUUUUUGUAAAUAUUUACACUAAUUCUGAAUUUGAUGUAUUCUGUUUUUGUUUACGUUUAAACGAUUUUUGGAAUCGGGGUUAUAGAAGCUGUCUCUGCUGCAAAAUUUUGAAAAACUGCUAAUUGAUUAAAUUACAUUAACCUUAAAGGUUUGGAGAAUGCUCCAUUCAGGAGUAGGAGUAAUGAAUUACUUGUUUUGUGUACUUUUUUUUUUUUUUUUUUAACUGAUGUGCUUUGUAUUUCCAAGAUUCACUCAAUUUCAAGUUGCUUCUGUUGCUUCUGAGUCAGAACUAACAUCAUGAUAAACUGAGAAUGGAACAGAUUAAAAAGUAAAUUACAGAGA